UCAGGGACAAAGCGGUCAUUUCGUUUUACAGUCGUCGGCUGAUCUCUCUGUCAGUGGACUCUCAUCCCGAUCCCGGACUUCUCUUCCGUUUUAGGGCUCGCUCCAAAUUUUUUCCCUCCCCACAUUGUUACCGGGAAAAUACCGUGUGAAUAUGGACGGAGACAUGAAAGUUUCUCUCGACAAGCUUCCCGUCAAGCGCUUGGAGGCCAUAGAAGAAAAUGGUCUCGAACGAUUUCCAUCAGAUGUUGGUUAUGAAGAGAAACGAUUGUCGCUUAUUCGGAGAAUUGACUUUGCUUGGGCAAUAGAGAAGGACGAUGACAAAAAGAAGCAGAAGAAGGCCUCCAAGGAGAGUGCAACACCGUGGCAAUGGCAGAGCAUGAUAGAAAACUUGCAGUUGGCUCAUCAAGAGCUCUCUGUUAUCAUAGAUCUCAUCAACACCGUGGAAGCUAAUGAUGCAGUAACAGUGGGUGGGAUGACAAGGCCAAAACCAUUACCUAAUGAAGUUUUAUCAGAUCUUGGAGUGUCUGUAGCAACGAAACUACAAUGCUUUCGACAUCUUGGUAAGUAUUUCAAGCAGUCUGCUAAAGGUUUGGAACGCCAGGUUGCCAGGGAAGCAAGAUUUUAUGGGGCUUUAAUUCGAUUGCAGCAAAAUUGGAAGGUUAAAAGACAGCGCGUUGCUGCUGCAGCUCCUGCAAAUGAAGGCUUUACCAUUGAUUUAUUUGACAAUUUAUCAUGUGAUCCUUCGUCUGUGUUUCGACCAUCUUCGUCUACUAUUCGUGUUGAUCGUGAUUCGUCUGGAAUGCUGGCAAUUAGUUUACCUCCAAAUUCAUGCCACUCCCUUCGUUUUGGAUUUCUCAGUGGGUGUAAUAUGGAAAAUCCUCUGGAACGUGGUAAAAAUUCAUCCACAAAUUCAUCCAAUCAGUCUCCAAUUGAAAGUGAGAAGGAGUUUACAAAUGACAAUGAGUACAUUAAGGAAACUAACUCACUUCUCCGUCAAGUUCACCAUGCCAUUUUCAGUGAGCAGGUGUUUGAUUUGGUGAAUCGUGAAGCAUUCAAUCCAUCCUUAGGUAUCAAUGUGACUGGCAUACGAGAAAAUUACUUGCAAUUAAGUAUAGAUCAGGGUACGUCGGUUUUUAUCUCUCUGGUGCCAACUGGUCAAAGCGGCCAAACAGUUGAAGAUGCAAAUACCUGGAUUCUGGAUAAUACAAAUUUACCUUUUGAUUCGCUUGAUGGGAUUGAACUACCAGAUAGAAGUGAUCCGCUUGAAAAGAAAUUGCGGAAUCCUAAUUAUACAACCUUUGAGAUAUAUCUGCAACAAAUUUUCCAUGAGCUAGUAUUUGUAAAAUCAAAUGAUAAACCCAUUUCAUCAUUAAGCAGGCAAUCAGGUCAACCUUCUAAUGAUGGGUCUGGACUUCUUGGUCAUUUCUGUUUGUCUCUGGCUCACAGAAUAUUCGCAAACAAGGUUCUUAUGGAGCUCGAAAAUGUGGUUUGGAAAGUUCCAUUUCUUCAAUUGAUAUCUCAUCCCACUUGGAAUUCUCGAAAAUCUUCAUGGACGUUUUUUAUGGAAGUUCCCCAGUCCAAACUUCAUCCUCCUUCUAUCCAGGCUCGUACAUCAGAUAGUCAUCAAAUGAAAAGUGUAACCAAAUCACAAUUUCAGACUAAAGUGGUUGUAAAUGAUGAUUGCAUCACUAUUGAAGGGGAAGGUGCUCCUGAUGUAGUUGGCUUGUUCAAGGGAAAUUCCAAGGAUAUGUAUUCAAUGAACAGAUAUGGCUGUGACUUGGCUGAUCUUCCCGUUAUAAUCCUGUUGCAGGUUGCGAGCCAAAUUAUUCUUUGGCUUCAUGAGGAAGCCCUAACCUGGGGAAUAAAGGUCAGCCGUGACUUCCUAAGUCUGUCAUUUGAGCUAGAACAAGGUGAAACACUCCGUCUGGUCGCCCAUGUGGACCCAGAAGAUGCUCAAGGAUGCCUUUCUUGGUGGUUGGUAAUGGACGAUGGCCUAACGGAGGACAGGAAACAUAACUUCGACAUCUCAGAUGUUGUGCCUGAAUACAGGAAGUUUUUGGGCCAUUUAUCUCUGGAAGUUUUGCAAUCUACACUAAUGGAUUUGGUUAGUUUGUGCAGUGGAUUUGGUAGCAGCCUAUAACCAUGCUUACUUGUCUGGUAUUACAAACAGAAAUUGCAUCGAGCUCUUGUAAUUUCUGCCCAUGUUUUCAAAUCUAAUGAAAUCACCACUUUUUGUCCGCA